CUGUCACAGGGCGGACUACGAUGACCAGAAUGCUUUCUAGAGCGUGGCUUGCGCAAGUCGCUGGCGUACAUUCCGCUUGUGCUCGCUCCCUCCUUCCCUUCCUUGACGCUGUGUUCGAGCUGCCCUAUCCUCACCGGUCUGAGAGAGCAGCUCCGCCCGCUGCCCAGGAAGCUGUAGGCUGAUGCUAAUGUACUUGGCAACAUUCAAGACAGGCACAGAAUUAUCAGCGGCUGCAUAACACGCCGUGGGAUGAACUUGUGUGAGGUUUAGAGGGGAGGUCGGCGGCCGUUAUAUCGCGUUACUCUUGUCCAAAGUGGAUUUUAAACCUGAGCGAUCUUUGCACGAUGUUACUCGUGUCUCAGAGAGUCGAGGCACCUCGCAUGGAGCAGCACAUCUCGCUGCAAGGAUCUAUAAAGAGAAAGUUGGAAAGCAGUGGAUCACCUGCCAAUCAUGACAAAAUCAGUGAACUUUCUGAUGGCGCAUUCUCAGGCGAGGUUAAGAGGAUCUGCCUGGAUGACGUCAGUCUUCCUAUGGGUCAGGGUGACACGUCCAGUGUCCUUCGUACAGAUGUGCACAACUCCUCGCUGCCGAUUGUCCACCGUGGCCAGGCCUUGCAGAAUUCUGCAUCCAUGGGGUCAUCUUUGGGCUGUGUAACUCCAGGUACCAGCACGGGACUCCUGGGUGGUAACCAAGCAAAUGGUGGUGACAUCAGCUCACAGUUUGCCGUGACGUCCAACGCAGAGAUGAAACCAAACGUCGGCGAUGGACACAACAUGUUUUAUGACUCCAAAGCAGCUAACAAUAUAACCAUGGACCCCGACUUGGUGGAUCUGUUGGAGGAAUUGACAAAUAUACCGAAUUCUCCAUUAAACGAACUUGACAUUUUGAGCACCAGGAGUGACCCCCUGAACCUGGGCCUCGUGCAGACAAGUCAGAGCACGACUCGGAAGUCAUCUCCGCAAGCUGCCUCGCACUUGGAGAACCCCAUACCCAACCGAGAAUUUUCUCCCAAUUACAAUCAGGCAUCUGGGGGUUCUCCUCAGAGGAGGCCACCCUCUGCUGGUGCGUCGUACCCGUUGUCAGCUCCGCCCAAUCCAAUGCCAUUGCCAAUGUCCUCGGCGUCUCAGAACCAGGGUCCAAGCCAGAGCCAGCCAUCGCUGCUGUCUGGGACCAAUGCCAAUCGAGUUGGAACCAAUUGGCAUGAGUUGUCGCACGCGCAGCAGCUGAAGAAGAUCGCAGCCAGCCAGCACCAGCGCUCUGUCUCGCAACAGUCUCACCCGCAGCAGGGGCAGACGGCAAACUGGCCUCCGGUUCCCUCCUCUGGACCUUCUCCGCCCUACCAACCGGAUAAGCUCCCCAGCCCCUCCCUGCACCAGCAGCCAUUUAGCCCCCCCAAUGCCAUCCUGCCCAGUAUUCCUCCCUCCAGCAACCCUGCCAGCUCAAUGCAGAGCUACCUGUACAAUAAGGUGCCCUCCAGCCAGCCUGCCCGCAUUGCCAUGUUGGCGCAACAGCAAGCCAGCCUGAGCCAGGGUCCUGUGAAUGAGAACAGCCUGCCAUCUGAGCAGCUUUCAUUCAGCAACACCAAGCCACUGUCGCAUUUUGACCCUGACCUUCCUGCACAGAAGAUGCCCUCGGUAGCUGGUGGACAGAGCCAGCCCGCCGUGGUGCAUUACAUGCACCAGGCUCCCACCACCGUGCAGCAACCUCCACAAUCUGGUUCCACUCAGCAGCUGCAGUUUCGUAACAAGUUUAGGAUGCAGCAUCUGAGACUGCAGAACAACAUUCAACAUUCGCAGGAUCCUAACCCCAGUAAUAAUUACAUAAAAGCCACAUCACACGCCUUCCUCAAGCACCAGCUUCUGAAGAAACAACAUAAUCUCCUCCAGCAGCAGCUCAUGGCUGACCAGGAAAAACAAAGGCAACAUGAGCAAUUAAAUGGUCACAUGAUCCGGGUGUCCCCUGAAUAUAAGGAGCAGAGGAGUGCAUUUGGAGUUCAGCAAUUAAAUCAGUUCCAAGCUGUGGCACAAUCUUUGCCGACAAACUCCGGGCAGCCUUUGCCAACACCACCGUCUGCCCACUGUGGUAUGCGACUCAAUCCCAGCCUUUUACAAGUGACGUCUCAGAACAACCUUGGGCCUGGGAUUCCUGCGGUGACUGCCAGUCAGGCUGACCGGACUAUGGGGAUGUACCCGAGUAAUCCUGGCAACCAGCAGAAUGUCUACAUACCACCAUCUGGCAUCAACAUGCCUCUCCGGCCAAGCCAGAGCGCUUUGGGAAUGAGAACAACCAGCCAGGCAGUGCCAAGCCAGGCCAUAAUCCGGCAAAGGACAGCAAUCUCGGGGUUUACUGGCUCUGUACCAAACCCUGCUGCGCCUCCCCAGCACGUAAGGCAAUCCAUAAACCAAGCGGGAGCCACUAUGCCCGUCCAAGGAAUUUCCAACGCGCUAGCCACUUCUGGCAUGGCUCCUCAAAUGUGGGCGCAGCAAAGGAUUCAAGGAAUGCAGAAUCAGACCAAAAUGGACGGUAGUAUGCAACAGUUCUCAAAUAACCCAUUGUUCCCCAAACAGAGCAUGAGGCCAAAUCUGCCCGUGCAUCCGUUUCCCCAUCAGACCAUCGCGCCACCAAACCAGAUAGCACCCGGUGGACAGAUGAAGCCACUGCAGCAACUGACCCCAGGCCAGACUGGACAAACCAUGGUCUCCAUGAGUGGCCCAUCUCCAAGACAUAAUCAGCAAAGGCUACCCUCGGCAGCUAUGGCCAGCAUGAAACCUGUACCACAAGGGAUUACCAGUAUGAGCCAGACUCAUCCAGUGCCAGGUCUCUCUGCAGCCAGCUAUGCAUCCAGUGGCCAGUCAACAGCAUCCUAUAACCGUAUGAACCCCACCACCGAGGUAUCUUCCUUUGACUUUCUUCAGCAUAACAACAGCAAUGCCUUGGGGGGAGCUCGUAAUGAGCCUGACUUCAUAGAGUCCAUAAUGAAGAGCAACAGCAGUAACGAUGACUGGAUAAACGACUUAACGCUCGAUGACUUUCUGGGGCAGCAUUCCUAAAGCCUGGCUGCUGGGUAUGAUUUACCUGACCUCCAGGCUGUUGUACAUAGAGAGCGCCCAUCUACACAUUGUGGCAUCGGACUGAAGAUUGUUGAGCAUGUGUGUAGGUGUGGACACUGUAACUUUCCAUUUACUAGCAGGUAUAGGUCACUGGAUGUACCUAGUGUACUGCCUGCAACACUGAAUUUUAAAGUGGCAAUACAUAAAUUAAUGUAUUUGUUCAAAAUAUUCUGUAAAUUAUGUUUUCCUAAUAAAUAUUGUAUGUCAGGAAGGAGUAAUUAUACUUGGUUGGAUCAUUUGUCAAUAAAAUACAGUAUAGGCGAAAUCAUUGUUUUUAUAUUAGCAAAUUUGUUUAUUUUUAUUUGGUAUAAAAUAUGCAGACUACAUUGUUCAAUCAGUAAUACUAUGUAUUACAACGUUAAAAUACAGGUUGUGUUUUUGACAUGACUUAGGCAGUGCAGUCUUGUGUUGUACAGGUGACUUAUUCCUGGUUUCAAGGAUCUUCAUUCACCAUCAGUCCCAUUUUGAUUUAAAUAAGUUACCACAGCGAGCAACCAACUGAUAGAAUGGCUGUCAAUAUGAAAUUGCUUUCUUUGUAAUCUGUCAGCCCAUGUUGACAGUCUGUACAUUUUGUAUGUGCAUUCUACCAAGAUAUUAUGAACUUCAUAAUGUAUUUUUUUUGCUGAAAAUUUUUGUGAUUUCAUGUUUUAUUCGUUAUAUGUAUUUUCUUUCCUGCCUUGAAUGUGUUUCUUUUAUUUUUAAUUUAAUACCAUCUUGGAGCACAAAUAGUAUGACAAGUUUUUGCUUCAUUAUCAUAAUAAACUUGCCUUGUGCCAAGACUGC